UUCCGGGGUCUGUAGCUGGAGAGGAGGAAGAGAGGGAUCAGCUGAACUACAGAAGAAAUUAAAAUAUUUUCCUGAAAUUCUUCACCAACAACCAGGAUAUUUAACUAAGAGCAAAGUUAAACUGCUGAAAGAGGUAAAGCAGAAGCCUUCCUGAAGAAUCUCCAGAACACGCAGAAAUUGUUUGCUACAUUUAAAAGACAAAUGAAGCCAAGUCCCGACAUGGAGAAACAUCAGCACUCUGUCAAGAGUUUUACUAAACAGAGUGAUCUCAAAAUACACCAGCGCAUUCACACAGGAGAGAAACCGUAUUACUGCUCAGACUGUGGGAAGAGUUUUAAUCAACAGAGUAAUCUCAAAAUACACCAGCGCAUUCACACAGGAGAGAAACCGUAUCACUGCUCAGACUGUGGGGGGAGUUUUAAUCAACAGAGUCAUCUCCAACGACACCAGCGCAUUCACACAGGAGUGAAACCGUUUCACUGCUCAGACUGUGGGAAGAGUUUUAAUCAACAGAGUACUCUCCAAAUACACCAGCGCAUUCACACAGGAGAGAAACCGUAUCACUGCUCAGACUGUGGGAAGAUUUUUACUACCCAGAGUCAUCUCCAACGACACCAGCGCAUUCACACAGGAGUGAAACCAUAUUACUGCUCAGACUGUGGGAAGAUUUUUAAUCAACAGAGUAAUCUCAAAAGUCACCAGCGCAUUCACACAGGAGAGAAACCGUAUCACUGCUCAGACUGUGGGAAGAGUUUUACUAAACAGAGUGAUCUCAAAAAACACCAGCGCAUUCACACAGGAGAGAAACCAUAUCACUGCUCAGACUGUAGGAAGAGUUUUACUACACAGAGUGCUCUCAAAAAACACCAGCGCAUUCACACAGGAGAGAAACCAUAUCACUGCUCAGACUGUGGGAAGAGCUUUAAUCGACUGGAGACUGUCAAACGGCAUCAGCGCAUUCACACAGGAGAGAAACCGCAUCACUGCUCAGACUGUGGGAAGAGUUAUACUACACAGAGUGCUCUCAAAAUACACCAGCGCAUUCACACAGGAGAGAAACCGCAUCACUGCUCAGACUGUGGGAAGAGUUAUACUACACAGAGUGCUCUCAAAAAACACCAGCGCAUUCACACAGGAGAGAAACCAUAUCACUGCUCAGACUGUGGGGGGAGUUUUAAUCGACAGAGUACUCUCAAAAAUCACCAGCGCAUUCACACAGGAGAGAAACCGUAUCACUGCUCAGACUGUGGGAAGAGUUUUACUACCCAGAGUGAUCUCAAACAACAUCAGCGCAUUCACACAGGAGAGAAACCAUAUCACUGCUCAGACUGUAGGAAGAGCUUUAAUCAACAGAGUACUCUCAAAAAACACCAGCGCAUUCACACAGGAGAGAAACCUUAUUACUGCUCAGACUGUGGGAAGAGCUUUAAUCAACUGGAGACUGUCAAACGGCAUCAGCGCAUUCACACAGGAGAGAAACCGUAUUACUGCUCAGACUGUGGGAAGAGUUUUAAUCAACAGAGUAAUCUCAAAAAACACCAGCGCAUUCACACAGGAGAGAAACCUUAUUACUGCUCAGACUGUGGGAAGAGCUUUAAUCAACUGGAGACUGUCAAACGGCAUCAGCGCAUUCACACAGGAGAGAAAAAUGUCCCAAAUUUGUCCCAUGGCAAUUAAAAGCGCAAAUCAUAAAUUCCACCAGAAACAAAUAUGAACUGUAUUUAACAAUGGAUUUUACAGGUUCAGCAAAACUAUUCUUAUCCAGGGAUGAUGUGUAUAGAAUUCCAUGUUAUGUUUGUAUGUCUUGUAAGUUUGAAUAUUCCAGGACAUUCUUUGUGAGACAGAGCUCAGUUUUUAGGUUAGUUACUGUUGCGCAGUAAGGUUACAGGCUCAUUCACUCCCUCUGCUGGUGUUCUUGUUUGUCUAUGGUUCAGUCCAAUUAAAAAUCUGUUACUAUAGAGGGAUAUAGAGGGAUAUUUGGUUGUGUUGUAUUACUCAAGUUUUAUACUCUCUUAUCUUUUCCUUAUUGAAUAUUAAAUGUUGCUUAUGUUUUUUUUAAUCUCCAAAGUUACUAAGAAUAUCCAAAUAAUGUAGUUUCUUAAUUGUUUUUAUCCAGUACAAACUAUUAUCUUUGUAUUACUUCACCUCUAUAUUUACCCAUGUGUGUUUUAAUAAACGGCUUUUAUAUUGCA